AUGGAAUCCCGCGGCCCCCCUCGCGUAAAGAACAAAUCGGCUGCCCCGGUGCAGAUAUCCGCAGAGCAGCUUCUUCGAGAAGCUGUAGACCGGCAAGAAGUUCCCCUACAAGCACCUACCACCCGCUUUUCCGAUCUAGAAGAACUGCACGAGUACCAGGGACGAAAACGCCGAGAAUAUGAAGAUUACGUUCGGCGGUCGAGGACGAGCCUGAAACCAUGGGUACAAUAUGCGCAGUUCGAGCUUGAGCAGAAGGAGUUGGCGCGGGCCCGGUCCGUUUUCGAGCGGGCUUUGGAUGUGCUGCCAAACAGCGUUCCUCUGUGGAUCAGAUAUGUCGAGGCAGAAAUAAAAAACCGAAACAUCGCCCAUGCCCGAAAUCUUCUCGACAGGGCUGUCACCCGCCUACCGCGGGUGGAUAAGCUUUGGUACAAGUAUCUUUAUGUAGAGGAGAUGCUCGGGAAUGUAUCGGGAACGCGACAAAUUUUUGACCGCUGGCUCAAGUGGGAGCCAGCCGAGGAGGUCUGGAAUUCGUACAUCCGGCUGGAAAAGCGGUACACCGAGUACGAGCGAGCGCGCGAUAUCUUUCGCUCCUACACCAUAGUGCAUCCUUACCCGCGCACUUGGAUCAAGUGGGCCAGGUUUGAGGAGGAAUUUGGCACCAGCGACUUGGUUCGCGAAGUGUUUCAGACAGCAAUCGAAUCCCUCGGCGACGAGUUUGUCGACGAGCGUCUCUUCACCAGCUAUGCUCGGUUCGAGGCGAAGCUCAAGGAGUACGACCGCGCACGCGCGAUCUACAAAUUCGGGCUCGACAACCUACCACGGGCGAAGUCCAUGCUUCUGCACAAGGAAUACACUACAUUCGAGAAGCAGUUUGGCGACCGAGAGGGUGUCGAAGAUGUGGUGGUGUCCAAGCGGCGGAGGCAGUACGAGGAGCAGGUGAAGCAGAAUCCCAAAAACUACGACACGUGGUUCGACUGGGCGCGACUUGAAGAAACCACGGGUGACGCCGAUCGCAUCCGAGACGUCUACGAGAAGGCGGUAGCCCAAAUUCCCCCGGCCGCUGAAAAGCGGCUCUGGCGGCGAUAUGUAUUUCUGUGGAUCUUUUACGCUCUCUGGGAGGAGACAGAGGCCAAGGACACAGGGCGGGCGAGGCAGAUCUACGACACAUGUCUUAAUCUCAUUCCGCACAAGAAGUUCACCUUUGCCAAGGUGUGGCUGCAGAAAGCGUAUUUCGAGGUGCGCCAAGGCGAGAUCACGGCGGCGCGCAAAACGCUUGGCCGGGCAAUCGGCAUGGCACCUAAAGACAAGCUCUUCAAGAGCUACAUCGAGUUGGAAAAGAAGCUGUUUGAGUUCCAGCGCUGCCGUGUGUUGUAUGAAAAGCACAUUGUGUACAACCCGGCCAACUGCAGCACGUGGAUUCAGUGGGCGGAGCUGGAGCGCGGCCUGGACGAUCUCGAUCGGGCCCGAGCGAUCUUCGAUAUGGGAGUCAGUCAGCCAGUGCUGGACAUGCCCGAAGUGCUGUGGAAGGCGUACAUUGAUUUUGAGGAGGAGGAGGGCGAAUAUGAGCGGACACGGGAGCUUUAUGAGCGGCUGCUGGAGAAAGCAGACCACCCGAAAGUGUGGAUCAGCUAUGCACAAUUCGAGAUCAACAUACCGGAAGACGACGACGACGGCGACGGCGACAGCGGCGUCAACAGCGGCGACAACGAAGGCGACAAUGGCGAGCAGACUGCCGUCAGCAACGACGCGAAGCUGCGCGCGCGCAAAAUCUUUGAGCGAGCACAUGCAAGCUUCCGGGACAAGGAGCUCAAGGCAGAACGGGUGGCAUUGCUCAAUGCUUGGCUUGCUUUUGAGAGAACGCACGGCGGCACAGACGAUGUGGAGAAGAUCCAGAAGCAGAUGCCUCGCAAGACCAAGAAGCGAAGGCGGCUGGAAGACGGCAGCUGGGAAGAAUACGUCGACUACGUCUUCCCUGCUGACGACCGCCAGGCAAAGAGUCAGAUGAAUCUUCUGGCCAUGGCCCAGGCAUGGAGAAAGACGGGCGGAAUGGUAGCACCGCCAGCAGGACUUGGAGAAGACGGCUCGGAGUAA